UAUUCAGCAAAUGGCUUUUUCAACAUUGCUCUCUUUUACUCUCUUCCUCUGUGUCUGUUUCGCUUCUUCUUUGGAAGCGAAACCAAUCUCUUCUCUGAUUAGAAAGAAGCUUUUUGAUACCAUGUUCCUACAUAAAGAUGACAAUGCAUGCCCUGCUAAGAACUUCUACCCUUACAAGGCCUUCAUUCGAGCCGCCAAAACCUUCCCUGAAUUCGGCACCACCGGCAGUUUAGACACACGGAAGCGUGAGAUUGCUGCAUUUCUUGCUCAAAUUUCGCAUGAGACCACUGGUGGAUGGGCUACUGCACCUGAUGGUCCAUAUGCUUGGGGUCUCUGCUUUAAGGAGGAGAUUAAUCCUCAGAGUAACUACUGUGAUUCUACUAACAAACAAUGGCCUUGUUUCCCAGGAAAAUCUUACCAUGGAAGAGGACCCAUUCAACUUUCUUGGAACUACAAUUAUGGUCCAGCAGGGAAGGAGUUGGGAUUUGAUGGGUUGAGGAAGCCUGAGAUUGUGUCAAACAAUUCAGUGAUUGCAUUCAGAAGUGCUCUGUGGUUUUGGAUGAGAGAGACAAGAGGAACACUUUCUUGCCACAAUGUUAUGGUUGGAAAAUAUGUGCCUUCAGAAGCCGACAUAGCAGCAAACAGAACAGCUGGUUAUGGCUUGGUUACUAACAUCAUCAAUGGUGCACUUGAAUGUGGAAUCCCCAAUGAUCCAAGGGUCAACGAUAGGAUUGGAUUUUUCAAAAGAUAUACCAACUUGUUCAACGUCGAUACUGGACCUAACUUGGAUUGUGCAUUUCAGAAACCCUUGUAAAUAAUUCUAACUACUCUUUAUUAAUCUUUCUUUUAUUUAUUCUUUUUCUAGUAAACAAUUCCUCAAUAAUUGUCCGAUUUAUAUGGAUCUAUCCUAUCCUUUAUUCCCUUUGUAGUGGACCCAAAUGUAUCAAGAUAUUUUCUAAUAUUGUUUGUUAGAUUAUAUAAAUAAAAUGUUUGUGCCAACCAUUUCCUAAUAAAAUAAGUGCCAUGUCUUGA